CAUGUGCUGCAGACAUCCAACAUGGCAGCUCGGCGUGUGGACGUAAAUGAGCGCCGGCUUCGGCCAGUUUAUGACGCUCUGGAUCUCAUGAACAAUAAACAGGCCAUUCAACUUGCAGACAAGAUUUUGAAGAAACAGAAAGAUUUUCACUGUGCAAAGGCAUUGAAAGCAUUAGCACUUCUGAGGUCUGGUAGAGCUGCGGAAUGCAGUGCUCUAAUGAAUGAAAUCAUGAAUGCUAAGCCAGCAGACGAUUCAACUUUACAAGCCAUGACRAUCUGUUUUCGAGAGAUGCAGAAACGUAAGAACGAUGAUUGCGAAUUUCAUAUCAGUCUAAUGAAAUAUUUUUUCCCCUGCCUGGCAUUUCACUGCAAUGAUGAAAGAAUCUCAAAGUCAAUGCUGCUUCCUUUGGCAGAAAGAAUGGUGGAGAAGUUUAUCAAUGAAGGRAAAGUUAAUGCAGAAGCAGAAGUUCGUCUGUAUCUCAUCAUACUAGAAGCUCUUGAAAAAUAUGACAAAGCAAUAGAAGUUCUACAAGGACCUCUAGGAGGAAAGCUUGUAAGUUAUCCAUUAGAGUCUGAAGAAAAGCAAGCAGCAUAUUUUAUCAAAUUAAAUCGAUGGGCAGAAGCUAACAUUAUGUAUAAAGAAUUGAUUGAUAAAGUACCAGAUCAAUGGAGCUAUUACCAGGCCUACUUUGACUGUCUUGUUACAUUGAUUAGAGAAAACUGGCAGCCAACAGAGGAGUUUGAUGGAGAAAGAUUACCCGACUUUGAUAUUGUACACAUAGAAGGAUUAAUUUGGACUUUACAAGAAGAAGAAAAGGCAAAAGGAAGUCUGGCUUGUAGAGGACCAUUUUUAGCUCAGUUAGAAUUUGAAAAGCUCAUAAAAGAAGGCAUCUUUAAAGAUACGAGACCAGAUUCUGUUACAAUGUUCGACCUACUUGUUGACUAUUUUGAGAGAUUUGGAGCCAAGAGCUGUCUSUUCAAUGAUAUUUCACCAUAUGUUUACCUAGUAGAUCAGGACCAGAGAAGGCAGCUCCCUAAAGCACUAAAAGAAACACUUGUGGUUCCUUCUAAAGACGAAUCGAGGUCAUCCCAUAUAAAACAUUUGCAACGACAAUUAAACAUUGAACAGCUGUCAAGAUUUGUYGGAGAACACCAGCAGCUUUCAGUAGAGGACAAAAUUUCUCUUUCAAAAGAAUACAUGAAAUGUCACAAGGAUGGUCUUGAAUUAGGUAGUGAUUUGGAGAGUACAGAGCUUCAACAUAGUGAUGGUUUUGCAUUAUUAGCUGUGCAUUUAUUGUUAGAUAUCAACRAAGAAAAAGAAUCAGAUGCUAUGGURUGGCAUAUCUUCAUUUUCCUGGAGAGUAUCUUAAAGGCAAGUCCUUCAAACCACAAUGCCAAGCUUCUUCUAAUGAGGAUGUACAGCUUGAUGGGUGCUGCAAGACCGUCUCUUGCAUUGUUUGACUCUAUGGAAAUCAAGCACAUCCAGUUAGAUACUAUAGGGUAUAUUGUUAGUAGAUACUUGUUUUACCUUGGUCACUUUGAAGAAGCAAUUACUCUUUAUACGUCUACGCUGAAGUACUUUUUCGCCAAUCAAAAAGAUAGUCCUGAAUAUUUUAUUGCUGCUUACAAGUAUGGAUCUUUUGAAAAGAUCCCAGAAUUUGAACAAUUCAAGAAUAGACUCAAUUUUUCUGUCCAAUUCUCAACUGUAACGUAUGAAAAACUUAUGUUGGAAAUGUUACAGAAAACUACAAGCCUUACUGAAUCCCAAAAGUACUUUCAUGAAAAUAGUAUUAUAGAAAAAUGUCCAUUGACAAAAGGGUGGACUGCAGACUUAAAUGAUAAUAGAGAUCUUAGAAUUCUAUUGACCUGGGAUCCACCUGAAAAGUGUCCUUUAAGUCACAAAAAUUGUUUUCAACAGAUUUUUGGGAUCAGACUAAGGUGCCUUAUAAUGAGGGCUCUUGGCCAGGCAGUCAAUUUGGUGCCCACACAAGUAGUARUGAACAACUCUAAAACAGAUGACAAUAACAAUUUACUUGGAAAAACAACACAAGCAAUUGGAGAACUACUUGGUGAAAUUGAUAAACUUCCUGUUUUUUUUGAUAAGGUUCCAUUCUUGGGUCCCCCUCCAUCACAAAUGCAMAUAAUGAGGGAAGGUAAACACAUCCAAAUGGUUCUGGAAUCGUUGAACAUAUGUCAAUAUGCACAUGAUUUGCACCAAGGAACAGGAAACCAAGAAGAAUUGUGCAAGAAGAUUGUGGAAAUGGUACAGUUUAUUCAAAGUACUAUUAAAGAUAAUACAGAGAGUUGUCUUUCACAACUAACAGCAAAGAAUGGUGAGACGAGAAUGUUCAACGGUCGUGUUCUGGAACCGUUGGUUCAUCUCAUUGAGACCCUAAGUCACUUAAUUCUACUAGCAUCUGUGUCRUGCGCAUUGCUACACAAAAUAACCACUACAAAGAAAGCAAAGAAGGCUACAAGCUCACAUAUGGUGGAAUUAAAAAACUCCUACAAAAGUUUUAUUGAAGCACUCAAAUCAUCGACGACUGAAAUUCACAAUUCUCUGAGCGAGGUCCAAGUUACUGAAUUAUCAUCAGAACUCUUGGAAAUGAGUUUGAUAGAAAUGGACAGAGAGACUCAGUCGUCAGUGACAGCUGAAAUCUGGGAAAAGCUUCAAACCAGUUACACGAAUUCAAUUAAGCAAAUCAURGAACUUUUAACUCGAAAAUUAACCUUCGUCAAGACACUGCACCUUUGACAAUGGUCUUGUCGAAUUCAAAUACAAGCAAUAAUUCUAGAAGACACACACAUGUUGUAAAAUACAGAAAUGGGAAUAAUCACUAAAGCAGUGAACAACGAUUUGUAUUAAAAAAGUUAUACUGUUG